UCUGGAUGUCGAUUCGAGACUUUUUGUUGCUUGCCGUUUUCUAAAAGCACCGACAGACUUCAACUCGCCGGCCAGUCGUUACUCAUUCUUGUCUCGGACGGUCCACCAGUGACUUUCCGACAUACGCUCGUUUUCCUCGCAAUAAAUUCCCUGUCAUUCGCUUCCCUUGUAGGGUGUCCCGUCUCGUUGCAGUUAUCGCUGCAACACCUUCAAACUGGCUUACCCGAAGACUCACGGUAUUCCGUUCGACCCGGAGUUCCAAACGCCCCUGAUACUGGACGAGUCAUUGGACUUCUCUGAUCCUGAAGAGUCACGGUUCCGUGGUGCCUUCUCAGACGGCCUGCUGGCCAAGUCUGAGCCCAUCCUGUCUAUGGCGGCUUUUCCGAAACAUACCUCCGCUGCCUUGAUCGAUUACGGCGCGUCACGAUCUCUGCAAGAUGGUGUGCCCUACCCGAGCUACGGCCAGCCCCAAUAUGUGCCUACCCAGCUCGUUCCGUCUCCCAUGGUCGAUCAGGUCAGCCAGGUUUCGGACUGCGUGCCAUACCUGACGAAUCAGGACUAUGCCAGCUCGUACGAAGAGGCUCGCUCCCCCAUGCUUCUCGAUCAGUCUCAGCCUGUGCCGGAGGUGCUCUCCUACACGCCGCAACGCGGCGGCGAAGGCACCCGCGUCUUUGUCCAGAUCCAGUCCCCAUAUGACCUACACACCUCAUCGUACGCCGCCCUCUUCCUGGUUUUCGGAACCAAGAAAUGCGAAUGCAUCCCCCAUUUCUUGGGCUUCCAGGGUUCUGCUUUCCAAUACGGCCUGUCUGUGGAUGCUCCCGACUUCAUGUUAACCGGCUCCCCGUCUUUUGCCGUCCCGCUCCAGGUCUCGCUGCACAUGCAGGAGGACGCCCUUCCCACCACCACCCUCCAGGUGGGCGUCUAUACCUAUGAACACGCGACCGCGCACUCUCCCCCGUCGGACGAGUCCAAGAAGCGACGCAUUCCAACCUCCUUCUCCGAACCCCUCCUCGCGCCUCCCAGCAAACGGGCCUCCAUGCAGACGAUCCCCAUGAGUAAGGACACGUUGGACACCGCCUCGCACCAUGAGCUUGAGCGCGCGGGGUCGUACUCGCCCUUCCUCCCGGCUCUGCCAACCGUCCACGCUGUCCCCGGGUAUGCGGCCUCCUCCUAUGCGCCUUCGCCGUCCGGCCGGUUGGCUUCCAUCCAGUAUGCCAACGUAUCGGCUCCAGGGCAGCCAACCCUCCGGGCGCCAUCGCCGCUGACGCCGACGUGGAGUCCUGCUUCUUAUGUCCCAGUCGCGUGUGACACGCGGGCCACCACCGCCGCCACAACCACCACCACCACCACCGGACUGACCGUGAGCCACUCCCUGCGUCAGCAGAAGGCGGUUUCACCCGCCGCCCGUGCCGGCAACCCAACUCUGAUCCGCACGUCCACCUUGCAGACGGCGACGAACCUGUCCCACGCGCAGCCGUUCAACCCCUAUGCCAUGUAUCCAUCCAAGGCGGUUCUCAAACUCAACGGUGACCUGGACGCCAUGGCUGAGGGCUGGAGCAAGGACGAACGCGAGGCCAGACGGCGUCUUGUCCAGUUCACCCGCGCGCAGAACGGCAGCACCAUCCACGCCGACUUCAAGCCGGUGGCCCCCGAGGACCGUGCCCCGAAUAGCAUCUGCAUCAGCUGCAUCUACUGGGACGGCAAGGACGAGUGCUUCGUCACUAGCGUGGACACCAUCUACCUGCUCGAGUCGCUCGUCGGCGUCCGAUUCACCGUCGAGGAGAAAAACCGUAUCCGCCGUAACCUCGAAGGCUUCCGCCCCCUGACCGUUUCCAAGGCCAAGGCCGACAGCGAGGACUUCUUCAAGGUCAUCAUGGGCUUUCCGGCGCCCAAGCCCCGCAACAUCGAGAAGGACGUCAAGGUUUUUCCCUGGAAGAUCCUGGCUCACGCCCUGAAGAAGAUCAUCGGGAAAUAUUCUGCUAGCUACUCCUCGACCGCGUCGGCUCUCCCCGCCUCCAUUGCCUCCAACUUUGCCAGCCAUCCGGCCACUUCGGAUUCCGGCGCGGAGACGAACAACAUGCCGUCACCGCAGUCGGUGUCCGACUCGGCCCAAUCGAGCACGUAUGGGGCCAGUCUGACGGCCCCCGUGUACUCGCCGUCCAUUGACCCCUCCGUUGGGCCAGCAGAUUUCCGCUCCAUGCUCCCUGCGGCCAGUCACCCGUACGGGCCCACCCCAUCUGCAUACGCCUACGCUCCUCACGCCCAUCCUGGCCACCCGGCCCCAAUACCCCGGCAUUCGUCGUGGGAUAUCCAUCCAGUCAACGUCAAUGGAGCCUCUGCGCCCACGGCUGUUACUUCCUACUACGUCCCUCCAGUGUCGUAUCCUAUCCUCGAGUCGUCCAACGGUCUGUAAUUGUUGCCUUCUCCCCCUUUACCCCGAUAUAUCGAACUGCAUACAACCGGCGUUUUUCGACAUUUGUUUAACCUUUUUUGCCAUUUUUAACGUUUUUCCUAUUCAUUUUUGAUUUCUUGCUUUUUUGAUUGCCCCCCCCUGCUUUCUCCUCCAUUAUCUCUGUUCCUCUGGUCUCACUAUUUGUCCUGUUGCAUUGCCAUUGGUUAUUUGGAUCCAGUUUUUUUUUCCUUUUUUCUUUUUUCAGGUGCUCUUUAGACUGGCCGUGAUACUCCUCUUCUUUUCUU